AGUAUUGGUUAAGGUCUUGUAGAGCGUACAGCAUCAACCCUAUAAAGUUCUCUAAAAAUUACGCGAUUUCGAUGCAGUAAUGGACGAUGAAAAUGAGGAAUUUAGUUUCCACAUAGCUCGCUAUAGACCCGAAGAACUCCAUAAAUUAGCCUCGAAAACGAAAUUUACACGAAAAGAGAUUCAGUUAAUGUAUAGAGGGUUUAAACAGGAAUGUCCAACUGGAAUGGUUGAUGAAGAAUCAUUUAAACAGAUAUUUUCCCAGUUUUUUCCUUUAGGCGAUGCAACGAAUUAUGCACACUACGUGUUUAACACAAUGAAACAGAAGCAAACAGGAAAAAUAAGUUUUGAGGAUUUUCUCAACAUACUUUCUAAAGUUUCCAGAGGCAGCGUCAAUGAAAAAAUUCAGUGGGUAUUCAAUUUAUACGAUCUGAACGGAGACGGUCUCAUCAGUAAAAAUGAAAUGGUUGACGUAGUAUCCAGUAUAUAUGAAAUGUUAGGUAGGGCAACGCAACCUGCUGUAGAAGAUUCUUCCGCCAAAGAACAUGUAGAAAAAAUUUUUAAUAUGAUUGACACCAACAAAGAUGGAGUCAUAACGAUAGACGAACUAAUACAGUGGUGUUCCAGGGACGAAAAUUUUCUUAGAUCUCUUGAAACAUUGGACACUGUAUUGUGAUUUUUAAAACUUUGAACAUUCUAUUAUUUACUUGGAACCAAUAUAAAUUAAUUUUUGUAAAUUAUAUAUGAUAAUAUUCAAUAAUUAGGAACAAAUGUAAGAUUAAAACUUUAAAGUAUUAGGUACUUUUUCUAUUUCCAAAGUUCGGUGUUUUUUCUUUUAAAUUUUGUACGUCAUUAUAUAAUAUCAAAUAUUUACUGAAUAGGUAUGGACUCUGACUGUAUGGGACAUGUCAUAUUCACUUUAUUUAAUUCCAAGAAAGAGACAUGUACUAUCUUUUAAUAGAAACUACAACAAAUAAAUUAAAUAUUUUAUGAGGUUGUAUACGUAUUUCGAUUACUCCCUGAUCAACCUAACAACCCUGGAGACAAAUCUGACUUAGUAUUAGCAUCUGUACUCAUUAUAAAUUGAGGCAAAACGUUUUAUAUAACAAUAUAUCAAAUAGAGAAUAGAGAAGAAGUUUAUAACCUGAAAUACAUUCAAUACUUCAAAUAUUAUUUUUUUGUUUUUUCUUUUCAAAAUACUCGAACCUAUGUUUCUAGUUUUUCGUAUCCAAUAAUUAUGAAAGUACAAAGUGCUGAAGCUGAAGAGUUUGUUUGUUUGUUUGCAAAUCUCAGAAAUUACUGGUUUGAAUUGAAAAAUUCUUUUUGUGUCGAAUAGUCCAUUUAUCGAGGAAGGCUUCAGAUGCGAUAGAAGCGAAGCAUCAGUGAAAAAUGUUGCAAAAACGCUGCGAAAACGGUUCAAGUUACCCAAAAAAUAUGUAUGAAAGAAGUAGCUUUGGCAGUAGCUGCUCAGAGAUCAACAACUAGAUAAUUCUCGACCCAGAAGACAUGAAGAAACUUAUGAACUACUGAUUUGAAUUUAGCAGCGUUUCGAUAGAAUUCCAGCACUGAUUACUUCGUUUGCUUUGAUCCAUUGGACGUUGUUUGUGGCGCUUUGAAUUAAAAUUGCCAUUAUUAACUUCGCAUCAUGAACCAUUCUAUUCAUUGCUUCGUUUCUAGCAAACACUUACAAAUAGUUGUUUUUAAAUGACUUAAUUUGAGGCAGACAUUAUUGAAGAACGAGUAUUUAAUCCGACAUUCAAGGUACUUUGGAUAUGCUUAAGAUACUCAAAGGAAAAUUCGUUUGAACUCAAACGACUUCAAUUUUCCGUCUGUCUUCUCCUCGCUAUGAACAUAAACAAAUCACUAGGUCGAUGAUUGAAAGUUUUUGGUCUGAAUCUAGAAAACCCUUGGUCAAUUAUAUGUGGAAUGUUCGCAGAAGACCAUCUGCGUUAUUUGUUCUUGCGCCUGAUAAUAAAAUGUGCUUCAACGAAUAGUGCAAGUUUUGCCCCAAAAUACCUGUUACAGUUCACAUUAUUCUAAUUUUGACUAGCGAAAACUAGUUUACACAAACCUCUUCCGUUAAAACUAGUUUUUACUUGUCGAAUCUAGCAUUGACUAGAAUCCUCGGCGCUAAAACUACUUUUUUCCCAUUUUUGACUAGGGAAUACUAAAAUUUAGUAAUUAAAGUAAAUCAGUUAAAACUAGUUUUCACUAACGAAUUCUACCAAUGAGAAAUGGUGUUUCCAGUUAAAAAAAUUAUUGCUCUAAAACUUUAGUAGAACACAUGAGCAGUUUGAGCUUUCGUAACAUUUUGAAUGAUUAAAAAAUUACUUUUUUUGCAUGAACAGCGAUUAUUCUUUAACUUUUCCAUUUCUCUGCACCGAUUUCUUUAUUCAAAUCUUUUCUUUCUUUUCCCCAAAUUUUUCAUUAUUUUUUCUUUAUUACUAUCGUUUUUUUUUAAAUUUUUUUAUCACUCUCGUUUCUUCCUUUUCCAUUGACUCUCACAUCCCAUCUCCUUGCUUUUCAUUAUUUCUACAAUAAUGUCACUUAUGUUUCCAUAUGCAAAAUAAUUCUAGUUUCGACCAGUCUCAACGGAAGGGGUUUGUGGAAACUGGUUUUUCCUAAUCCAAACUAGAAUUAACUGUUAAUGGGUUUUAACAGUAACAUAUAAAUAACUUUAUCUUUAAUUGUGUUAAAGGGAAACACUUUUUAGUUUUCAAGUACCAAUUCUAGUCUAUCGAUCUGUCAACAUCCAGAUACUCACAAAAAAGUUUUGCGAAAUGGGAAGGAAUACCAACUUGUUGCAUCAAUCUGUUCCGAAUAUUAGUAUAUAGAGGGUUUGAGAAACAAAUUAACCAAUUUUCAUAUAUCUUGUAAAAAUUUUAAACAUCUUCACUUCAUUGGUUCUAUAACUUCAUUUACUUCAAUGUUAUCAAUUUAUCUCACCAUUUAACAUAAACGUUUCAGCGUCUAUUUGACCCCAAUUUUUUCCACAAAAUUCGUUCAGAAUUAUCUUCCAGUAAUUUCUGAAGGAUUAUUAGUAUGUGAAUGACGACUGGUCAAUUUCAAAAUCGUUAGAUAUGCCCGCCUAUUUUUUAAUUGUCUUUCAAGUCUCCUUUGCGAUAUGGGAGGCAGAUCAGUACAUUUUUUGUGAGAAGUACAUAACUUUGCGUUUUUUUUUCUUGAUCUAUUUCCACAUGCAGAAGAAUUACAAAAAAAAAUAGUACAUUACGCACCUAGGGAGAAAAGUAGGGUGACAAAAAUGGUGAGCGAGAAUGCGUGGUGGGUAAACAAUUUUUUUUCUAGCCGUGAUGAAAACUUCGUCCUUGACGUAUUCUAAUUCACUAUCGUCUACAUUAAUUUUUCAAUUUCAAUUCAAUAGGCCACAUAUUAGAGACGAAAAGCGAACUUUUCAUCCCGGCGAGAGAAAAAACAAUUUUUUCCAAAUAACUUUGAAUAGUUGCGAGUAAUGUCAAUAUGUCCGUAGAAUUUCUAAUUAAAUUUAUCAUUCGUGAACAAAGUUUUGUAUUCUACUCGCCUAUAAUGUCACUCGAAUGAUUUCACUGUCGGUAUAUUUGGCAGAAUAAUUUAUAAAUGCAUAAGAAUGAUUUAACAUUAUUGUUGAUUCCAAUCGUCGAUAGAACAGAACAACUGAAUAUUGCCCAUAUCGACGUGAUUAUCAAUAAUUCCUAUUGGUCGAAGUCGAUGCAACUGACAGUGAUUAAUCUAUCUUUAGAUAGAAGGUACACAAC